UUGAGUGUCAUAUAGCUAGCUUUGUCUGUCAUCCGAGAGCUCACAUAGGCCGCUAGGAUAUGAGAACUUUGAGGAUUCUACGUGGAAUUUUCCUACUUUCAAAUAAUUCACACCAAGAACAGUAGUUCUGCUAACUAUAAAGUCAACAGAACUGACGGGACAACUUAACAUACACACAUAUACGCUGACAUCACCGAAACUUCCAAAUGCAAUCUCUUCUUCUUCUUCUACUCCUUAAUUGUUCGACAUCAAAACGAUGCAUAUCGCAUCCAUGAAGCUCUUACUCUCUAUCCUCAUUCUCUCCCUCACCACAAGACCAUACAUCAUCGUUCUCACUGGGGAAGACUUCAAGCAGUCCUUCUCUUCCGACGACUUCCCCGACUGGGACGAGUUCGGCGACUCCGGCUCAACCCACAAGUCCGAGGACGAGCUUGACCCCGGCUCCUGGCAACCACUCUUCGAGCCGGCCUCCCCUUCUCAUGCCACUGGCUCAUCCAAUACGAGUACGGCUCUAGAGGCUCUGUACUUCUCCGGUGUGUCCAAGAUGGUCUCCGCAGCGAGCUCCGGAGACGCUCGGUUAAUGGAAGAGGCGGCAGCGGAGAUCGAAAACGCGGCGAGUGAGGGCCACGCUCACGCAAGGUCCGUGCUCGGAUUCCUGCACGGGAUGGGAUUGAUGAAGCAGAGGAACAAGGCCAAGUCUUUUAUGUACCAUCACUUUGCUGCCGAGGGGGGCAAUAUGCAGUCCAAGAUGGCCCUCGCCAAUUCCUACGCGCAUCAAGAGAGGUAUGAGAGAGCAGUUGAAAUUUACGCCAAGUUAGCAGACGUAGCUGUAAAAAGUUUCUUGGUUUCAAAAUAUCCACCUGUGAAUGAACCAGUCAGAAUCCACAUUGGGGCGGAGGAGAAUGAGAAGGUCCUGAUGAGCUUCAGAGGAGAGGAUGCUGAGAAAGUCCAGAUUCUGAAACUUCUGGCACAGAAAGGGAACGCUGAAGCCAUGUACACAAUUGGCAUGUUUUACUACUUGGGGCUUAGAGGAUUGAGGCCUGAUCAUGCCAAGGCAGUGUCGUGGUUUUUGAAGGCUGUGGAGAAGAGGGAGCCAAGGUCAAUGGAAGUUCUUGGAGAGAUAUAUGCUCGGGGAGUUGGGGUUGAGAGGAACUACACGAAAGCGCUUGAAUUGCUUACCCUUGCUUCCAGAAAGCAAAUUCAUUCGGCCUAUAAUGGGAUAGGGUAUUUGUAUGUCAAAGGCUAUGGUGUUGACAGCAAGAAUUAUACCAAGGCAAGAGAGUGCUUUAAGAAGGCUGCUAAUAAGAACGAUUCCAGCGCCCAAUAUAACCUAGGAGUAAUGUAUCUAAAAGGGAUUGGGGUAGAGAAGAAUUUGUGGACAGCAUAUGAGUAUUUUAAGCAGGCUGCUAAUGCAGCUGAACCGAAGGCAUUCUACCAGCUGGCAAAGAUGUUACAAACUGGUGUGGGGCUUAAGAAGAACCUUCAAGAGGCAACUAGAUUAUACAAAGUAGUUGCUGAACUUGGACCAUGGACUUCCUUGUCUAGAUGGGCACUUCAGUCAUACUUAAAAGGUGAUGUGGGUAAGGCAUUCCUCUUGUAUGCAAGGAUGGCUGAGCUAGGGUAUGAGGUAGCACAAAGUAAUGCUGCAUGGAUACUUUACAAAUAUGGGAAACGUAGCAUGUGCAUGGGAGAAUCCAAGAUCUGCACAGAUGCAGAAAGGCAUCGACUUGAAAAUUCUUUGUGGUGGCAAGCUUUCGAGCAGGGUAAUGAACAUGCUGCGAUGUUGAUUGGGGAUGCAUAUUACUAUGGUCGGGGUAUUGAGAGAGAUUAUCAUCGUGCAGCAACAGCUUACAUGCUUGCCAAAGAAAAAUUUAAUGCACAAGCCAUGUUCAACCUUGGGUACAUGUAUGAGCGUGGCCAAGGACUUCCAAUUGAUCUCCAUCUUGCCAAGCGUUACUAUGAUCAAGCAAUAGAGAGGGAUCCCAACGCAAAGUUUCCUGUAACACUUGCCCUUGCAAGCUUGUGGAUUCGAAUGAACUAUGGAAAUAGUUUCUUGGUCCAUUUGAUUGAUUCGUUGCCUGGAGUCUAUCCUAAAAUAAAAGCAUGGGUGGAGAAUGUGCUUUUGGAGAAAGAAAAUGCAACCAUUCUGACUCUUUUUGCUUGUUUACUUGCUGUCCUUUAUCUUCGUGAGAGGCAUCGUAGGCGUGCUGUUUCUGCCACUGCUCAGGUGGCUGUGCGACGAUCCUAAUGAUCAUAUCAUG